UGGUCCGGAAGGAACCACGUCAACAACCCUUUAUGAUGUAUCUCGCCUGGUGCUCAGUUUCCAUCUACACUGGUCAGCUGAUGCCUCAGGAGAGAUGGCGACCUCCCAGAAGUUGACAGAACACUUACUGACAUUGGGUCAGGACACGGACAAGCUGUGUAGGGCACUUGAAGAUCUCCAGCUGGGUGAGAUACACGUCCAGGAUGACGAUGUGCUGGACCUGAAGGCUGCUCCUGUGUUACAGGACACCAUUAACGUGACAGUAGCAGGAGAUGCAGGUGGAGGAGCCCCCGCUGACGUGACGGUGUUAGAGGUGAAUGGUAUAGACACAGUGGUAGUUACAGACUGCAACAACAAAAGUGUAAAGUCCUUCUACACCAGGAACAGUCAACCAGGUCACAGCAAGCUCAGUCUGGAAGGUGGACCAUGGGGUAUAACAAGGCUGAAACACAACCAGGUGGCUGUCACUGUGCUGGAUACCAGUCAGAUUGUAACAGUUGAAGUGAACCCUGACCUGGUGCUGCUGUCGACAAUCACAACCAGCAAACAGUACUGGGGUAUAACGUCUCUGACACCAUCAGCACUAGCAGCAAGUGCCGAGUCCCCUCCCUGUGUUGAUAUCCUGGAUAUGUCGGGACACGUGCUGAGGUCAGUUUGUCCAGACCACGAAGGUGGACACAUCUUAUUGUGUCCCUGCUUCCUCUGUACCACGAGGACAGGAAACAUCCUGGUGUCUGACAAUGGAACCAAGUGUGUCGUGUGUCUGACCCUCGAAGGUGAUGUGGUGUUCAAGUACAGACCUACAGGAGACACAGCACUGAAGGAUCCUCUUGGUAUCACAAGUACCAGCACAGGCGACAUCCUGGUGACAGACACCUCACAACACAGAGUCAUCCAUCUGACACAGUCAGGACAGUUUGUCAGAAACAUACUGACAUCACAGGAUGGUGUCCACCAUCCAUGGGGACUGUGUGUUGGUGGUCGUGGUCGUAUGUACCUGUGUGCAUCAGAUGGAGUGAAGGUGUUUACAUGCUGUAAGUGAGUGAACGUGUCACAAUCCUUCCUUUCAAUUACACAUAGUUAUAUGUUACUUGGAGGGAUGUGAUGUGAAGCACUGUAGGAACAUUGCACUCUGAAAUAACAUUUUACUCUUGUGCUUAAACUUAUAGUCUAAACAUUUCACUGAACAUUGCCCUCUGGAAUUAUAAUACCAUUUUACUCCUGAGUUUAAUCUUAUUGUCUAAACAUAUUUCUGAUUAAUGUGUAAAUUGUUUUCGACACCAUAUGGCUGAAAUACUGCUGUUGUGACGUUAAACAUUAACUCAUUCAGAGUGACUCACUCACUCACUCUGACAAAUCAACCAUGACUUCGAUGUGAAUAUAACGAACCAUACCUGUUAUAGAAGAACUCACCUUGAGCUGUAAUGUGGGGCGGUGGGGUAGCCUAGUGGUUAAAGCAUUCGCCUGUCACACCGAACACGAUUCUCACAUGGGCGCAAAGUGUGAAGCCCAUUUCUGGCGUCCCCGUGUCGCUAUUGCUGGAAUGUUGCUAAACGUGGCAUAAAAACUCACUCACUCACUCCAACUUCCUUCCUGCAAUGUGAUGGGCAUUAGAAGAAGUGUCUGAGGCGUGUUUUGACGUUGACGUACACGUCGAUCGACUUCAUCCCAUGGGUGUUCUGUCGGGUUUAGAUCGGGUGAUCGGGAAGGCCAUGGCAAGACACUGACGUUAGAAUUGGCAAGGUAGCGGACCGUAACGCGUGCUAUAUGUGAAGUAGCAUUGUCUAGCUGGAACAACUCCGUCGGUCCAUAAUCGAAAGUAUGUGACGUGCAAGGACUUUACCGAUUUGCUGAUUCCCCUCCCAGAUUUGUGUGUACUGGAUAUGACAUCCCACAUCAUGACACUGUCUCCACCGAAUCUGUCGAUCUGUCGAAUGCAAUUAGAGACAAAACGUUCAUUUCAUCUGCUUACUUGCUCUGCAUGUUUUCUCUGUGACGUUUAGGCGAAUAUUUCCUCAAAGGCUUCCAAAACAAGGGGAAAGUUUAGAUUGCCACCUUUUGUGCUGAAGCUGUUUACAAUCACCAAAAGAUGACGUUUUGGAAUAUUAGUUGUAUACAUUGAUAUGUGUAUUCAACACCUGUUAUUAUUCUCUUCUCAACAGACAUGUGAUCUGCAUGACAGGGCAGUAAUCUUUGUGCACACCUGUCACAACUUACAUACGUUAAUCUGAUCACAUUUAUGCCUACGGAAGUUCCGAUCUUGUGGUUGCAGACGCCGGCAGAAGGUAACAAGCUGUGGAGGUUAAAUCGGUAUUGGAUGGGGGAUCGCAUUCAUUGGUACCAAGAGUAGCCAAACUAGUCAAGGUUUAGCAGCCGUUGUGACCAACCGAUCACCAGUUAGAUACAGUAAACUACUAUUGCACGCAUACACAUGAAUUGCUUUGCCAACUUGUGACUAUGAUAUCAAUGAAGAGCAAUAAAAUACAGCAAACGAAUGAA